GUCCCAUCUGCCGACGGCAGCGCCGAGGAAGAAGGCGUGGAACUGACGCUGUGCGGCGGUGACGAGACCUCCACAACCAGUGGCCGUGGCAGCACCUGCUCGGCGACUGCACGCGACGCAUCUCGCACCGAUCCCUUCUCAGAUGUCUUCAGCGACCUCUCGGAUUCAGACAGUGAAAUGGAGGAGGAAGGGGAGGAGGUUCAAGAAGAAGGUCUGCAACGGUUCUUGCGUGCCGUGGCCUCAAGGCGGCGUGAGAGAGCUCGCGCACUCGCUUCCUGGAGCCUUGCUCCGAAGCACGUUGGUCCCGAGCACCGUCUCAUCGGAUGCGCCACGUUCAUCAAGAACUACAGAAUUCCAGGAACUAGGGUGUGCUUCCUGUCGCUGCUCGCCGUGCGAAAAGGCUUUCGCCAGCAUGGAAUUGGCAGUUACCUGCUUAAGCAAAUCAAGAGCCCGUCGGUGAUAGGACCCUAUGAUGCCCUGCUUGUUCGUGCGCCAACCGUUAGCAGGCGUUUCUUCAUCAAGCAUGGCUUCACUGACGACAUCGUUCUCAGCAGCCGCUUCAUGGAAGCGGACGAAGCUGAUUACGAGGGAAGCCUCCUGUGCUAUUUGCCCCCUUUCGAUGGUCACUACCCGUCCCUCCCCGGAACCCCUGAGUGGAACCAACCAGAAGCCUUAGCAGCUAUGGAAGAGGAAGUGGAACGCUGGAAGCAGAAAAGCCUGGAGUCAUACCAAUGUCAGGUGACGUGCCUUGUCCGGCUGAGACAUGAGGUGCUACGCUUGCAUGGCUUGCUGCAGAAGCAGGAGCAUGCAAUGCAGGCCUUACGGAAAGAAAACUGCAGACUUCAGUCCAGACUUUCCCGAGUCGAGAAAAAGUCUGCACGAUCACUCAUCGAGACCUUAGAGAAGGAAGCGGCCGACUUCGAGCGGCUCUGCAACCUGGGACAGCAGCUCCAGCAACCAGCAGGCCCAAACGCUUUGCUGGAGUCACGGGCGAAGCUGCGCGCCGCAUUUCACUGACUGAAUGAUUGCAAAAUUAUUUUUGAAAACAGAAUGAAUAAGGAGGCCACAGGAUCCUCUGAAGAUCAAUGUCGUUGCAUGUGUCACACAAGCCACGCCAGAACAACAUAUUUUUGUGUAGCUGUAGUUUUUAUUAACUACAUGUUUAUUCCACACCCGCGUCGUUGAACGUCCCCAUCAGGAUCCAAGCCUCAGCGCGGUAAAAUGUAUUGCGCUCAUGAUGAUUCAUUUUGAAUGCUUUUAAAAUUCUUCAAUAUACAGGACACAUUGGUACAAAUGUAAGCGGCUGCUUGUGGCUUUUAUAUUUCGUCUGCCUCAAAGGAUAUUCGGAAUGUGGCGAGGUGGGCAGUGAUGUCAGUUGAUUAUGACUCGUACAGCGUCUGACUGAUUCACAAAUUAAUCCACGCGCUGUGUUCUGCGUAACCAACAGUUCAGUUUAAGGCGCAUGCGUUAAACUGUUAAAAAUUGGGGUAAACAUGAUCUUCACAUUUUGCUUUAUCCUUUCUAAAAGAAAAGUCAGCGCCACUGGGUCCCUUUUUCUAUCUUCACGCCUCAUCACAGUGUCGCACUGGAUACUCCAACGUUGGGCUGGCAUCGCAUACUUGCAGGUUAAAGUUACUGAAGCGCAGCACAGCUCCAGACGAAUGAAAAAUUACACCAUCUCCCACUAAAGAAAACCAUCAAUAGCAAGCAAAGCAGCGCAUGACUCUACAUGAAGUUCCGUUCAUAACGGGCACCUUCCCCGAUGUGAACGCCUCCUUGCAUAGCACACCAUGAAUUUACUCUAAUUUCUGUUGCUCUUACUUGUAUCGGAUUCAUGUUGAAGCACGCCUCUCGGGUUCAACGCCAAGCCACGCGGGAGUGUGUGGGUUCGUCUCGCGUCUGCAGAAUCUCGUUCUCCGACGCCAUCUUGUGAAUGCUGAGAGAGCAUAAAGGGCAGGGACCACAGCCUCUAACUCCGCCACUUACGCAGGCCCGCUCGCGCUAGCGCGUGCCAGUACGUUCUGCCUAGCAAUCAACGCGUUGAUUCAUCACGCGUAUGUAGAAUUUCACUGCCCGAUGGCAUCACGUGAUUGUUGAUUGUAAAGGGGAGAAGCCACAGCGUCUUACCCAGCCCCUCAUACAGGCCGGAACGCGCUAGCAUGUAAGUGCGUUUCGGCAGUGCUUGAGGCAGCUGUUGCGCAUGCGCAACACGCCGCGCACGAAGUUGAACUUUGCAAUAGGCUGCUUCGCAUCUAAAACGUAAUGCCACCUGCCGUACAUAUGUAUGUGACUGAAGAAAUGGAUACAAAACGGUGAAAUGGCGGAAGAAAGCAGCAUCUGAAAUUACUUUCGCCUCCAUAGUUAUUUUUCAGCGAAAUAAAAACGUCACUAACUCGCCUUUUGAUAAAAUAUGGCGCACUCCCCUUCGUUCCAACCAAUCCACACUCUGAUACUAGCCAAUUUUCUUUUCUGGUGAGUGGAGAUGUAACAAGGUAUUUGACUGGGCUAGUUGGUGACGAUUCAUAAUAGCUCACAGCGCACUCGAGGACAAGCGCUUCUCUUCGCAUGCCUCGUUUUGAGCUACAACGAGUAGAGAAAACACAUACAGGUAGUAUGGCGUUACUUGAGGAACGUUUACACGCACCAUGGGAAUUGAGCGUUUUUAUUGAAAUUUUAGAAGUGAUUUAGUGCCACUUGUUUUCUUAACCCACCAUCACGGUACAUGUGAGCGAGAUGUGAUAGAAAAGUGAUGCUAUGUGGUACUUGACACAUUCAUGUAGCUAUAUGUGACUAUCCUGGUGGUCGAGCAGAAAUAUAUUUCAGGGUAACAACACCCUGUUGGCUGGGUUAUGCAGAAAAACAGACAAUAAAACGUACUGGUGCGUAGAAUCGUUCCGCGUUACAGUAAAGUGCAGGCUCUUAAUAGCCUUUAUCUGCGCUGAAUUUAAGAAAUGCCUAGCAGUGUUGAACAGAUAAACAAAUAGUAAUUAAGAUGCAAAAGCAAUAAACGGAUUUGUUAGCAGUGUAGGCAGUGUGCAAAAUAAGCACAUGGUUUCUGUAAGCUACAUACAUAGUUUCUUUUAGUGUAUUCAUGCAACAUGAGUACAUCGUUGUUAUUAUGUGGACUAUACUUGCUUAGCAACGUUAAUAAAGUAGGAGUUUGUGAAAUCUCAAAA